AUGGCAGAAUCCAUUUCAAUUGAGGAGACAAAUGCGUUGAGAGAAAAGUUGGGUCUUCCUCCUUUGGCCCAAGAUGCCGAGCAACCUGCUGAUCCUGAUCAAGAAGCCUUUGACAAUUACCAAAAGAAAAAGGAGCAAGACGAGAAAGAAGCUCAAGCAGCAGAAAUUAGAGCUCGUAUUGAAAAAUCCAAGAAUCGCAAAAAGCACCUUGAAAAGCUUCAGGGUAAAGGACUUGGAGAAGCCACGGAGGGAACGGAUGAUGCGUUGGAUUGGGUGAAAAAGUCACGACAACGACAACGAGAAAGAGAACUUGCAAAGCGACGAGCACGUGAACAGGAUGAAAUGGAUGAGACGUUCCAAGAAUACGAUGCUUCAGCAUUAAGCGGUCUCAAGGUGGCGCAUGAAUUGACAGAAUUCAAUGAAGGCAGUGAAAUGAUUCUCACACUCAAAGAUCGUGGCAUUUUGGAUGAGGACGAUGAGCAAACCGAUGAAUUGAGCAAUAUUCAACUUGAGGAACGUGAACGACUACGAAAGAAUUUGGACGCCAAAAAGAAGAAGCCUGGUUACAAUCCAUAUGAUGAUGAGGAAUUCACAUUGGGAGGAGCCAAAAAGAGUAUUUUGCCACAGUAUGAGGAGGAGGCCAAAGCUCAAGGAUUCGCUAUCGGUCAAAAUGGAGCUGUUCAAGUCGUCAGCGAAGAGGAGAAAAAGAAGCGGGUGGCCGAGAAGCUCAAGGAGCAGACGUUGGAUUAUGAAAAGAUGCAGGAGAUCAAAGAUUAUUAUACCCAAGACGAAGUCAAUCUUUCAUUCAAGAAGCCCAAGAAGAAAAAGAAAAAGGACAAGUUGCGUAAGCGAACGCCCGACAAAGAUAUCUCAAUCGAUUCAACACCCAAAGAGGAACCAGAUACAACAACAACAACAACCGAACCAGCACCACGCAAAACGAUUGAUGUGAAUGCCAAUUUUGUGGAUGAUGAUGAAUUACAACAGGCAUUAUCGAGGACACGACGUGCAGCCAACAAGCAGAAAUCCAAAUUAGCAAAGAAAAUGACACCUGAAGAUAUCGCACGUAGUAUUGCAGAGCAACGAGAAUCAGCCACGCCUGAAGAGAAUGAACCUGCCAAUGAAGGACAAGGUCUGGUACUUUCUGAAAUGACAGAGUUCGUCAAUGCUUUGGGUGAAACGCCAGCAUUCACUACCCGAGAACCACCUGCUCGAGCAACAAAAGAAACCACCACCGAUGGCACAUCAACACAAGAGACACGUAGUAGAGUGGAAGAGAAAGAAGCAACUCCCAUAGAAGAAGAAGAAGAGAAGACGACACCUCAAGAAGAGAUCAAAGCACGAGAAGCAUCUCCAGCAGCAUCAGCAUCAGCCCCUGAAGAAAAGAUGGAAGAAGAAAACACAGCCAUUAUUGAAGAACCACUCGUCAGCCGAGGAUUAGCAGCAACGUUGUCAUUGUUGAGUCAAAAAGGCAUUGUCAGCAAGCCUACGGAUGAACAAGUGGAGCGUGAUCGUAUAGCAGCUGAUAGGCUGAAAUGGAUUGCUGAGCAAAAGAAAAAGGAUUUACAACGAGAACGUGAAAGAGAAUAUGAACGACAACGACAACGUGAGCGUGAUGGAUCUUCGCGAGGAAUACGUGAUCGAGAGCGACAACGAGAACGUGAACGUGAAAGAGAACGAGAAAAGGAGAUGGAAGAACGAGAACAAAUGCGUGAAUUUGAAAAGCGUAUGGAGAAUUAUCGACCUGAUGUCAAGCUUGAAUACGUGGAUGAAUACGGUCACCAAAUGGAUACCAAGGAAGCUUUCAGAUACAUGUCUCACAAAUUCCAUGGCAAAACAUCAGGCAAAGCAAAGACUGAAAAGCGAAUGCAGAAAUUGGAAGAAGAACUCAAGCUCAACAUGAUGAGUAGUAGCGACACACCACUCAACCUUGCUACCAAACUUCUUGAACGUCAACAACGUACCGGCAGUGCCCAUGUUGUUCUAAGUGUGGGUAAUCGAGGCGUGGCUGCACCUGCAUCCCCUGGUGGUAGUGAUGUGAUUGGAUCCUCCUCCUCCUCUUCCUCCAAGCGUGCUCGUAGUGAAGAUCUUGAACAAGAGCCAAGUAGUAAGAAACGUCGAUAG